GAGUUUAUGUGAAAGGAAUGCAGAGAAAAAGAAUAGCAAGACUAGACGUGACCACGUGGUCAGCCACACCUCCAACAACCGUCUCCAUGACAACCACGCAUCAGCUCGGUACAUACAACUAUGGCGUACUCGUCCGCGAGUACAAGUGUACCCUCUUCUUCUCGGGGGAGCGGAGGAGCAGCUCACAGGGCCGUGGCACUCGACCUAAUGCUCAGGACUUUCAUGAACUCCCCAGAAUUCCAGCCAUACAACCCCCGCAUGUGGGAAGGGAUUUCAAAAUUAGUUCCCGGGACGACCCCCCACCAAUGCAUUCAAAGGUGGGAAGAGCUAAGAAGUGCUAGCAAGUUCAUCACGAGAGACUUCUCAGUCCUAGCGGCCAAAGGACGACCAUUCACAUCAUCGUCAUAUAAUACAAGUCACAGUACUCAUUACAAAAAAGUAAUAAAUAAAGACCCAGCCUUCACAAGCUCAGUUACAGAGUUACCUCCUAUUACUAAUCCAGCAGCAAUCUCCUCUUCUUCUUCCCGCCCUCCCUCAUCAACUGCAGCGUAUCACUACGAGCAGUACAGGGGGUCUCUUACCAAUGAAAGUUAUAGCAGAUUAUCUGCUGGUAGGGGAAGACUGGCAGGAUCAUUCUGUCAGAACUACCUGUACAAGAGAGAGAAAGAAUAUAAGAGAGAGAGUCAGGGUAGAGUGAAGGAUAAUGGUGGAGGAGUAGAAAGGCAAUAUUCAAGGCAGUCACUUUCUUCAGUGAGUGAAAAUGCAAUUAGAGAAUCUACAAACAAUAAAAUAAAAUCACUUGACACGUUUGAACAUGCACAACUCAAGAAAACUACAGAUACAGAUACCACCACCACAAGCAGCACCACUACUGCUAAUAAUAAUAAUGAUAAUGCUAAUAAUAAUACUAACAGCAAUACUAGUAAUGGUAAUACAGCAGAACAUAUUGAAGACAAUAGCAGCAAAGGCAAUGUCCAAAAUCCUGAUAAAGAUACAGGAGAUGAUGAUACUGCAAUGAGAAGCAGUGCACAUACAACGCCUACUAAAGAUUAUGUUAAAAAGGAAACUAUUGCUGGUACUAAUGGAGCCAGUAAAGAAGGAGAAGGAGAAGGUCCUAGUAUAAAUGAUGUGAGCCCUGCUGGUAUGAAUCAGCUAGUGAUACAUGUAAAAGAUGAAGCAAAAAAGAAGUCAAGGGAUUUCUUAUGUUCAAGGGAACUACUGAUUAGUGAAAUGAAAUAUUUUAAGGAGUACUUUUUGACUAAUUUGCCAGCAGACAUGUCCAGAGAGUGGGAGGAAAUAGACAUUAGUGUCCAUUGUGAUAUUGGUGUCUUCCAUUGGCUGAUGACUUAUGUGAAAAGAGGAAUGAAUGAGGGACCUACUGGAGAGAAGAGAGACAAACCUUUGGAACCACCUGAACUAUCUCCAGCAAAUGCAGUUUCUAUACUGAUAUCAUCUGAUUUCUUAAGAAUGGAAGAACUGGUUGAGAAGUGUUUAGAUUACUGUCAUCACAACAUGACUGACAUAUUAGCCUCACCAGCUAACAUAGGCUGCAUAGGAGGUGACCUUGUCCACAGGCUAGCUGAUCGAUUCUCACCUUUAGAAGCUGAAGCAAUAAUUGAUGAAAAAGACAAAAUAAAAAGUAAAAUCUAUCUCUGUUUGUUGGAGAAGCUAUUUGAUCCGACUUAUCGUCAUUCAGAAUGUCCACAGAAUGCAUCCACUUUAUACAAAUGUAAGAUCUGUGGAAGAUUUCUUACGCAAGCACAGCAGUCAAUAUUCAAGUGCACUUCUAGCAGGUUGACUGUUAAUAAAAGAGGACAAUUAGUUCAUGAACAUGAAAGGGAUGCAACAUGGAGCAUUGACAAGUAUCUUAUGUCAUUAAGAGACAAGAGAAUGACUUGGAGAGAGAUCUUUUGGAAACUAUGGGGCAAAGUGAACUGGUUGAGCUGCUCUCAGUGUGGUGAUCCUUUUCAAUGUUCCUCUCUCUCUACGUGUCUCUAUCAUCCUAAACAGGUUGUACAGGUUGAUAGUGAUGGCUCUAAACUGCCUCCUGGUACAGGGAGGUACUUCUGCUGUGGACAAACGAUAGGAAAAUUCACGUCUUUACCAGCUGCAAAAGGUGGUUGUCAAUACAGAAACCAUACCCAUCAAUCAGACAUAUCAGCAAUAUUAAUAAAAUUAAAAGACAUCAUCUGUGAAAGGGUUGGCCUGCCCGAAUCCACAGGAGAACGGGAUAAUGGUCACUUUAAUAUGUCAUUUUCUAACAUCAUCAUUAAAGAAACAUUACCUAUAAAGGUUCUCAAUAUUGACUUAACGAGCAAUAAGAAAGCCACACCCAAACAAAAAACCUCACCUUCAGUUGACACAAACAACAAAACAAAACAAACAAACAACAACACAACAAACAACAACACAACAAACAACACAACACAAACAAACACCACUGCUACUAGUAGCAUCACACUGGAUAACAAAGGAAAAGGACGACACGGGCGAGCUAUGGGUACGACGGUCGGUACGAUGGUAGGACGGACAGGAGUAGGAAAGGAACAGUCGGGCGGUGAUAACGGACAACUGGUCGAAACAGCUAAAAGAGGAGAGGGAGGAAUGACUGCAAGAAGAGAUUGUAUAGUUACGGAGGAAGAUGGAACAGGAUCUGAGAGAGACACUACUUGUACAGGUAAUUCAUCAAUGGCUUGUACUGAUAUAGAAGAAGAUGAGGAAGACAUGAAGAAAGUCACGGUUGUAGUUGAGAAACCACCUCAACCAUUAAAAAAGACUAUAAAGAAGAUUAAGAACUGCUCUACUAAAGGAAAGACUGAAAAGAUACUGUCAGAUAUGGACUGGAUAUGGGACAAUACUAAAUCAGUCCGCUGGAACCAAGACAUGCAGAGAUUCCAAGAUGAACUAAGGAUAUCACAGCUGCAAGGUCACCUCCGAAAAUUAAAAUUAUCGACUUGCAAAAAGAAAGUACCACCGCGGCCGCCACCAAAAAUCAAACAAAGAUCUAUAUCAUCAGAUUUCGGCUCUCAUUCCAGUACAGGAACUGGCAGGAAUAAUGGUGGAAUAUAUGCUCAACUUGAAGGACAGUUCUUUGCUAAUUUAGCAAGGAGCCAGAAACUGAGUAAGAGCAAGAGACAGAAAUUUAAAUAGCGAUAAAUAUGACACUUAUUCAUUAUUAAUGUUAAAUUAAUUGUUAAAAAUCACGAAUUCAUCCUGACUUGUUGGCACUAUUAUUUUUUUGUUUUAUGAUUAAUGAGAUUUUCUGAUUGAUUUUUAAAGCAAAAAAAA